AUGCCGAGUUCAGCAAGCAGAGUAGUCGGGUGCUGCAAGCUUGCUAGAUUUAGCGCCUUGCUCUGUUCUUUCCCUAAGCAGUCGGCAAUCGCCAUGACAGAAGAGGCAGUUAUAAUACGCUGUGAAGUGCGGUACCAUCGAGGUAUCGAGCAGCAGGAUACCGUUCCAGAAGAUGAUGACCCAUAUGACACGUUGUUGCUGCGGAUGAGCAUCACCAUGGCCCAAAGUGACGAGGAUGCUGCAGACGAGUUGCAGCUGCACGGCCGAUGGGCCGCCAUGUUUCAGACCGCCGGGCCUGGGGACAUGCUGCAGCUCGAGGGCGUCGAGGAGCUGUCGGACGAUCAGCGCAACGGCCGCUGUUUCUCAGUCUCCGGCAGCGCAGCCGUUGUAACCAUCUAUCGGGACGGCUUCCACUACCGUGUCGACAAGAAGAGCAUGGAGGAUUCCUCCCUCGAGGAAGAAAAUACCCUUCGUGGAACUCUUCUCCUGCGCUUGAGCUCUGACAUGGCCGAGACGGAGGAGGUCGCCGCAGUCGACGAGGAGCCGCCGCUCCUGGACCGGGCCGAUGUCGAAUGGCCGGAGGACUUCAAUGUUUCCCAGCGCCAGCGCGAGGCCAUGCAGAUGCUCAACUGCCUGUGCGAGGCGCUGGUCGCCCGAGGCGCUUGCGUGGUCCGCCGCGCCCGCGUUUCGCCGCGGCGGGCUGAGGAGGCCCUGGAGAACGCGGCGAAGCUGGAGGAUGUGGGCUGGCUCCGGAAGGAGACGGAGCAGGCUUACCUUGGCCUGGAGAACAUGACGCGCAUCAAGGAACUCCGAGCCCCCGAUGCACCAGCCAUCGCGGACGAGCCGGACGAGGCAGAUGGAGCCAAGCCAGAGAUCGAAGACACCAAGUCAGAGUCGAGCUGGUACGAUCCCGAGCUCUACGGCUCCGAGUCCGAGCCGGAGAAGGAGGAGGAGAAAAAGCCGAUCGCCCGCAAGAAAGACUUGCCUCCGGACUUCACGGCUCUCAAGGAGUUCGACGAGCACGUCACCGCUGUGGUCGACUUGCUGUCCUACAGCCCUGAGGCCUUCGGCGCCAAGAGUGCGCACAGCAAGACGGGAAGCAUCCUCAGGAUCCCGCAUACUGCCGAGGGUGUCUCCUUGGUGGGCCAGGCGGGUGCCAUGGACGAAAGGGAUCGGCGAAUGUCUGAGGAGUUCAUGUCCUGGGUUCUCUCGCACCGACUCUGCGCCUUCUAUGAGGUGGAAGGCCAAGGCAUCCUCGAGCUGCGACCAAAGGGCCCCGAGGUGGGCUUGCCGAUGCGGCUGCUCCUGAGAGCGGGGACCAUGGUCUUCUUCCGGCAUGACCAGAUGGAGUACAGGUAUCUCCCGGACCACGACGACUGCUUGGUCCUGCAGAACUGGCUCAUGGACAAGGCCGAACCGCUCCAGUUCCGCCAGCUGCCAAAGUGCCCAGGCGAGCAGGGAUGCGACCGCGUGCAUGUGAAGUCCAUGACCGAGCGCUUCCCCGCCGGCGCAGAGAACUGUGACAUGAGCUUCGCGCUUUUCAGCGCCGGCACUGACACGCUCGUGGAGCCACCCAUCACGCGCUUCGACAAGGAUUUGUACUACUCGCCCGAGCGUGAUGCGCCCAUGCGUGGUUUGGCAUACAUCAUGCAUGGUUCCUUCGUGAACGAAAACCAGUUAAUAGGCUUUGACAACGACUUCUUCGGCAUCGACCUCGAAGAAGCUCAGGCGAUCGCGCCAAGUCAACGGUGGGUCCUCGAAGUGGGUUACGAGGUGCUUUGGAAGGCGGGCUGGACGAAACGCGCCUUGCGAGGAAAACGGGUCGGCACGUUCAUGGGCGAUUCUGGCAGCGAGUGGAACCAGAUCUAUCUGAGGCAAGACCAGUAUUGUCUCACCAACAACUCGGGCUACGUGACUUGCUCCCGGCUUUCGCAUUGCCUCGGACUGACUGGGCCCAACGUCACGGUGGAUACAGCUUGCUCUGCUUCUCUGGUCGCAACGAACGCAGCGGCACACAUGAUGGUCAGGCGGCACACACGCAUCGGAGAGAAGAUUGCGCCGCUGAGCGAGGACAACAUGAAGGAUCAGGCGCAGCUGAAGUAUGCCGUCUGCAUGGGCGUCCUGGUGAUGCUCCACCCUGCGGGCUGGAUUGGCGAGUGUGCAGCGACGAUGUUGUCCUACAAAGGGCGUGCCUUCACCUUCGACGUCGGCGCGGACGGAUUCAUUCGGGGAGAGGGCUGCUGUGGAGUGCACCUGGCUGCAGAGAACGAUGCCGAGCGGGCGGCUGGAGAGCGGAGCCUGGCGAUCGUCAUGGGCAGCUGUGCCAACCAGGAUGGCCGAUCUGCUUCACUGACAGCACCGCACGGCCCUUCACAGCAGAUGUGCAUCCGCGCCUCGCUGGCAGAGGCUCGGCUGUCGCCGGGAGAGGUGCAAAUCGGAGAAUGCCACGGCACCGGCACCGCCCUGGGAGAUCCCAUCGAGAUCGGUGCCAUGAAGUCGGUGCAGAUGGGCAAGCGAAGCGACAAUCCCCUGCUCCACGCCUCCGCGAAGUCCAACGUCGGCCACGAGGAGGCAAACGCUGGCACAUGUGGUUUCAUCAAGGUCGUCAUGCUGCUUAACGGUGGAGUCUCGACGCCGAACCCACAUCUAACGACCUUGAACCCUCACCUGGAUGUCUCGGCAUACCCGGUGAUGUUCACGAACGAGCUCACCUGCUCAUCGCAUCGAGCCAUGUGCUGCGGCGUGUCUUCGUUUGGCUUCGGGGGUACCAACAGCAGGGCGGACAUGUGGGCCGACGUGGAGAAGGGACCCUACAAGGACGGCACGAAGAAGGACCUCACCCCUGCCGAAGGGGGCAAGUGGAUCAAGAAGCUGCUGGACAGCGAGGGGACAG